CUUUCGUCGCCACCACUGAAUUCCUGCUGCGGUUUCUUUAUCCGUACGGACAACGAGAAGACCCGACGAGAAGAGAAAAUGAGCCCCUCUCCGUUAACCGUGGUAAGUCGACUUUUGCAAAUAAUACCGUAAGAUUUGGCAAGUUUCAAAAAUUUGCAUCUUCUUCUCUACCGCUGUUUUCAUAUCACGCGUGUGCUUGUGUCUAAAUAAACUAUUUGGCUUUAUACGGUCUUCAGGACCGUUCCGCAGACGCAAAGCCGAUUAUUUAUCACCAGAAUAGUCUGAUUUGAUCCAUUUCUCUAUCGGGUUUCUGUUUCAUCACUGUCUGUACUUGGGCCACCCCGUAGAUAUGACGCCAAUAUUCGUUUGUCUCCAAACUUUAUCAUUCUGACUUAGCUCUCCGAUUUUCCACAUUGCCCCAUACCCAUCGUCGAUCAUUAAUUUUGUUCAUUUUUAAACAUUCUCACAGAGAAAAAAUAGUAAAAAGUAAAAAAUUUUCUCAUAAACCGAAACAAACAUUGUGUUAUAACAAACGUCAUCGAGUACCAAAUUUGUUUUUAUUUCCGACAAAUUGUACCCAAAAGCAGAGAGAGUCAACGUAUUGGGUAUCUUACAUAUUAUAUGUAUACCUUAUUUCUGCUACUUUUGGACACUUUUAGCGGAUUCUUCUAGACCAAAUGAUACGAUUUCGUGUGAAUUUCAAAAUUAACUUUACCACAUGGGAAGGAGAUUGUUUUUUCAAUCUUUUUACACCGCCUCAUUUGAAACUGGAGGGGCGUGUUUUGGGAGUUCAAAUUAAAACGCGCGAUAUUCACGUUUUCACGGAAAAUACCGAAUUUCAAUCAUUUCUCUACAGACUAAAAAAUUUAGGUAAUACAACUGAAAAAAACUAUACAUAACUGUCGGAUCGUUUGAGUAUGAAAAAAAAUAAAAAAAUAAUAUUCAUAACAGUCUUAAUGAAAUAUCUUAAUGACGAAAAAUCCACCGGGGUGAAAAUUCGAUUCCGAGUGACGGAGCUUUACUGCUCGCGGGUGUUUUUUCUUUUAAUUUCGAAUGACCGUAAUUGUGCGACUCGAAUCGUUUGAGGAGGAGCUUUAUAAAUAUAUAUAUAUAAAAAACAAAAUUGAUACUCUUUCCCCGUGAUCGAAUCCGAGGUGGGGGAGGGGGUUCGUAAACGUCCGGCGGGCCGGCGGGCAAGCUCGACGAAAAUGACGAUAAUGCGGGGCGGGAAAAGGAUGGCGAAAAGACUCCCGUGCACGGGUAGGACGGCGAUGACGAACGGGCGCCGUCUCGAGUAAAAAAUAUCCCGUCCGGGCGCACUCCGCCGGCCGUAACACGACGAUAACGCAAUAAUAACACUACAGGUAAAAGGUCGUCGACUUUUGCGUCGUCGUCGAGGAAAAAAGGUAAAAAGGGGAAAAAAAUAAAAAACGGGGUUGUGUAUAUUUUCGUACGACGACGGCGGACGACGCACGUCCGAAGCGGAGGAGGCGAUAUGAUGCAAUUCGUGCAUUAUAACCCGGGCAAUUUGUAAGAGUUACUGCCGUGUUAUAUGUUACGAUAUAUCAUGUACCUGCUAUGUGUCCCAUCUCGUAGCCCCGCAGUGAGAAAUCGCACCGCGAACAAUGGGAUAUAAUAUUAUAAUAACGUAUUUUUAUAAAGGCCGAGCAGCGGCGAAAUCUGCAUCGGAAUUGACCCCGUGCCUCCGCCGCGAUGCGACGACGUCCGUCAUACUCGUAUUAUUUUUUUUAUUAUUGUUGAUAUGAUUUCUUCUGGCGGGUAUAAUUUUACUCGUCUCGGCAGACGUACGCGACGUGUCUCCGCGUAAGAACGAGUUUUUCUUAUCGAUGAUCAUUGUUUUUUUUUGCCUCGAUACCGCGUCGACGAGUCGCUGAAAUAUUCUCGAUUGACGUUUCGCGCGCGUUAACACAAGUCUACGGUUUUAAAACGACGUUUUUUUUUUUUCUUUCUAUGGUCAAAUUUUCUACCGGCAGUUUUGCUCCGAUUUUCAACGGUAGCACAUUUUCUGAAAUGAAAUCUGAUCGGAACGGUAUAUUUUGACUUCCCCAGAAGCGGUAAAUGGGAAAAAACGAGAAAAAAUAGGUACAAUAUUAAUCGAAUAUUAUAAAAGAAAUUGUGUAACUAUCUUACCAAAAUAUGACAUAAUUAUAUAUAUUAUUGACGAAGCAACACUAUCAACCGAACUCCGCUGUGAAUCGAUUUUUCGUUAACAAUGGUUAACCGUUGCCUGCAAACAUACACUCGAUUCCCGUCUAUAUCCUAUAUUCCCGACUACCCACCGACAACAGUGGCUGCGACCGUCUGCAUCAUACUAGUGUAUAUCUUUUGAAAAUGAUUUCGUCCCGAUUAAUUUCAUCCAAUAACAGAGUUAUUGACGAAACGGAAUACAACGCUUACGCACGAUGUUUCAAGUUCAGUCCGUCUUUUUAUUUCAAAGGUUGUCUCGGGCCUUACGUUAUUUGCACAGGGUUUACUCCGCUGUUAAAGCACGGUAGACGUGGGUCAAAACGCACGAGACGUGCGCCAGUCCAAAAGUCGGACCGUCUGUAAACGUUGCGCGAAUAAACGACUUACGCCGUUUUUCGUGAACUUCAGAAAAUUAAUGAUAUUAUUACGGCUAUUUUCCUCUGAAUCGUCUAGUUUUCGUUUCGCCCUCGUCUUUAUUGUUUCCACGGGUCAACUACCGUUUUAGUAUUCCUGUAUGUAUAAAACGUCUCCCGGACGCCGUGUCUCCGUUCAUUAUCAUAUAAUAUACCUGGGGGGGCAUCUAUACGUGUUACGUAUAAAUAAACUUCGACGUCAGCGUAGUUAGUUGGAGGCGAACAAAGUAUUCGGAAUAACCUAUAUAAUACUGACUGUCCCACCCGUGCGCAUUUAUUUAUUCAUUUAUUGUUAUUGCUAUUUUUUUCACUCAUAUUUUUUUUUUUUUUGGUUUUGACCGUGUUAGUAUUUUAAAUGAAAACAAAUAGUCAGUGCAUCGACAAUUUAAAAUAACAUUAUUUUCAAAAAAAAAAAAAAAAAAUGCCUAGGUGCUAGUCAAAAAAUCGCUUUCCCGAAGGCUUACACAACCAGAUUGAAAAUUCUACCGGAAACUUCUCUUGGGUAUGUUUUGCGACUGGAUUUUAUGCGAUCAUCAUCUCGUGCUAAAGAUAAACCGGUAUUGCAAUUGUCAUAGUCCUUAGGUUUCAAAUUGAAAACGAUUUUAUUUUAAAAUACGUUGUGAGAUAAAAUCGAGAUUUCGCACGGUAAGUACCACCGAACCGUACGGCUAAUUUGCUAUUUACCUAUUCAAGUUGAGUGGUCAGAAAUAAUUCUUAUAAGAAUAUUUUUGAAUAUAAUUGUUGUUGAUUUCCUGGCUGCCUAUAGAUAACAACGAAACAAUAUGAUUAAUUAUACUCCGCGCAGAAUUGUUUAUCGUUUUUUGUUGUGAACAAAAUAUAAAUUGAAUUAAUCUAUAAACCCUCAAUUUUAACUUUCCUCCCUGAACCAAUGUACACCAGUUAGCAGUAUUAGGCUUGUUUUUUUUUUUUUCUAUCGACAGUACGCCUACCACAGGAUCACCAUUAAAUAUUAAUGGGUGACCGUCGUUAAUUUUAAAUCGAUCUCUUUAAAAUUAUAAUUCCAAAGACGGGUCCAACAGUCUUAUAUUGGCCGUUCAGCCAACAAAGUACUUAUUUAAUACACAUUUCGGAAAUUCUUGCUUCUGGUUCUCGACACGGUGAAGGGGAGGUAGGGUACAGUUACCUAAUAUUAUAGCGAUACGGUACGGUGACAAUAAAAGAAACAAUGCAGUUUACAUACUGGACCUAAAGGUGGUCUGGUGCCGGUCUGCACAAAGUAAUAAUAAAGUUUACUCUAAUGUCGUUUUGUAACGAUUUCAGGACGUUCCGUACCCGACGUGAAAUCGCAUACGUGAACGUUUCUGCGCCCAAAAUAAUUUACCGGACUAUUUUCAAUGGAAUCGAGUCGGUCAGAGUGAUCCGUUUUUACCGCGAACCAGCGAUUUUCUUGAACGUUUUGAAAUGAAUUCGAUUGAUCUAUACAAAUCAGAAUCCGUAUUUAAAGGGGGUGGGGUGAGGGGAAUCUUUUUUUGAAAAUAAAAGUAUAUACUCGUUUAAUAUAUAAAAGGUUGGGGUGAAAAAUUGAAAUUGGCGUUAUAGUAUGAAGUUUAACGAUUACAUAUAUAAAGAUUGAAACAACAAAAAUUGUACUCCUGGAAACUGUUUGAUUCGUAAUGAACAUCUGUGUUUAUUCACUCUGUGUUAUUAAUAUAUUUGUAACAGAUUUUAUAUCGAUAAAUAGUACACAAAAUGUGUCUUAAAGUUUCACUUAUGCACUAUAGUCUAUAACGAAUUUGGUUUCACUUGAUUAGGUAUGAAAAUGCUCUCUGCGCGAUUGUGUUCCACUUGAAAUCGUAAUAAAACUAAGAUGAUAUUUAUUUGGACGAGAUACUUGCAGUACAAAACAACGUGAUAAAAUGUAUGAAAAUGUCAAAUUUGAGCCUAAAAGUGUAAGGCUGUGAAACAUUAUUACAAUAGAUUACUGAGGAGAAAACGAAACAAGAGGUUUUUUUUUUUUUUAAAUGCUGUGUUAUUGAAAAAUGUUUAAAGUUAAAUAGUUAGGAAGAAUACGAAACGAAAGACUACUGAACUGCAAAAUAAAGGAAAGCCGAGAACUUCGGCUCAGUAUAAAAGUCGGAAGGGACAAAACGAUAGGGCAUUAGGGUAUCUACUGCGAUAAAUUGAUGAAAUCCGUCUUAUAAGGAUACUUUUUAUAACAUAUGGAGAGGGGAAGGCCAAGGGACGGAGUGCAUGAAACAAGUCGUGGUCGUACAUAAGUAAAGAGUUGGAGGAAUUGAGUUAUGAAAUGGAAGCGAUUGCAGUAGACCAAUCAAACGAUUGGUAACGCGAUAAAAUAGUGAAAAUAUGCGUAUACGAGAAUAAUAAAACAUAUGGCAAAUUUCAACAAUGUAAUCGUAGAGUAAAAUCUGCGAUAAAAGCUCUAAAAAAAAAAAAAAAAAUGUCAAAAUACGAUUAAAUUAAACGCGAAAAUUUAUUAUUUUAAAUUUCGCCAUUUCUUACCGCGAAACGAGCUUUCAGUGAUCUUUAUAAUAGUUUCUAAACCAUAAAACGUCUUAAUGUCUUCGAAAAAAAAAAAAAGAAGUGAAAUGCGAAUCCGUUUCUCGCGUUACCGCCGCAGAUAAUAAACUUACGCACUUAUCUAUUUCGGUAAACCGUAUCCCGCGAUCAAAUCGUUAUUACUGUAAAGGUACGCGCGCAUUUCCUCGAUUAUGUAUUUUUAAGACACGACCUUGUCUUUUUACGGUAUAUAGAAUAUUAAACCGUGAUAUUAUUAAAAUAUUUCAUUUUCGCAUUGCUCUUCUGACUGUACGCGUAACCGCGCGAUACCGCAGGUCGUAAAACCCCGGGAACGUAAAAAAUAUACGCAUAUUAUAUACUAAACGAUUUACGAUAUUAUUGUAUUAUGAAUAAAUAUCGUUUUUUUAUUAUUCAUUUAUAUUUUGCUCUAUUAUUAUUUUUCUUUCCUAUCUACAAGAUUUCACACACGUCGGCGGUCAAAGAUAAUAAUAUUACGGUCACGCGACUUAUACCGACAACUACCAGACCGCCGUAAACGAUGAAAUAUAUAUUACUUUUUUUUUUUAUUUAAGUAGUAAACAUAAAAAACGCCGUGAAAUUAUUCACGAUGCGUAAAAUAUAUGUAUAUAUAUAUAUAUAUAUAUAUAUAAAAAAAAAAAAAAUCUCCUCUAGAAGAAUAUCCUUAUUGUAUCCUUGAGGUUUCAAAAAAUCGCACACUAAAAAUUAUUUGAUAUUUCAUUUCACGGGAAAAGCUAUUGGACUUGCCGUUGUCCGUCGCAAUUUCGAGUCACGCGUAUUUUUAAUUUGUUUUUUUUUUUUUUUAUUUAAAACUGACAGACAAAAAAAAAAAUUAUCUGAUACUACUGAUUGGUCAUGGGUCGGCCAGUGUGCCACUGUUGUCGGUUGAAAUUCAGGAAAGUGUAUAAACCUAUUCGAUUUAUAUCUGUACUCAAUAUGUAUAAUGUAAUGUUUCUGAUAAAGUACUAUUCUGAGCGAAACUCGGUUAAUCACGUUCUGGAAUGUUGGAUAUUAAUGAUUUUAUCAAAGUUUUUCAAAGUUUGAACUCUCGAAAUAAACACUUAUAAAACUACUAUUACUAAGUACAAUUUAUGACCAAUUUCGUAUGGCAUUAGUCUCGACUAAAAGAAUUUAAUACCAAAAUAAACUAAAAAAAAUUAUCUUUAUAAAUACCAGAAGAUAUCAAUAUAAGAAUUCAAGGAAUAUCACGAAUUUAUACGAUUAUUUUUGACGAAACUACAAAAAUAUCCAAAUAAAUGUAAAAAGUUCCAGAUUUCCAGUGUAACUCUCCGUCUCUCCUUGUAAUAUCUUCGUCUGUGUCCUCCCUCACGUUUCUUUCCUUCAUGGUUCACUUCCAUUCCCAUUUUUCCGUUGUAGUUUUCAAGUAGAUUUCUAUCGUCUCUACGACUUUGCAAUUUUCAAUUAAUUUAUUGACGCGUUGCAAAAAGCGGGUAUUAUUUAAUUUAAAUUUUCGACGCUCAUACGCCACUUUUUUGAUAGGUUUGACUGUGAUACCGUCGCCUAAUAAAAAAAUUUUUUUUAUACUAUUGGCGUCUAUAGUCUCUGAAAUUCUCCCUUUGGGUCAUGCUUUAGAGCCUACAUAUUUUGAGUACAUUUUUAUUUUUAUAUUAAGUUUAAAAAUUCGAUUGUAAGCUAUAUAAAACGGUCACAUUGAAGUACCACCAGUUUGUUCAGAUAAUAUAGUCAAGUUUCCCGCCCUUACACGACAAUAUUAUAUACAUUUUCCUUUAUACUUCAAGUGUCGAUUGUACCCAUAAAUCCUGUGGAAGCCAUUUCAACGCACUUUGCUUUGUUUUCCAAUGCUUGUUGCGCGAUGUCGUUUUGUUACAAGUUCGUUUCAUGUAUUUUUGAAUACGAAUAUGACACAUUUUGCUUUUGCAUUUUUUUUUUUUUUUUAAUCUAAACAAAUUUUUUAUUUAGAUAUUAUUUUCGAGUUAAUUUUAUAGGUUCAAUAUUUUUUAAAUUUCUGGGCCGCAAAAAAUAUGUUUUUGUUCAUAAGGGCAUUUUUACAACGCAUUACAUUUCGAGUCAUGAUAAUUCAUACACUAUAAUUAUUAUUAUUUUUAUUCUUUUGCGAGAUAAUUGGCCCCGCUAAGCAGCUCGUGCGAGGGUCCAUGGUAAUCUUAUCAUUUACAAUAAUAAAUAAUAAUUAUACCGCGAUUAUUAUAGUAUUUCUGGUACUAGAGCGCUAAAUAUCUUAGCUUUCUGAUAACUGCGGUUACAUUGUACGUAUAGCUAUGAUAUAUAUCAUUAGAGAUAUUGCUAUCUUUUGUUUUUAUUCGGAGCCUUUUUAAAAAAAAACCGUAUAAAUCCUGCGGUAAAUCGCGUUGGAAAAUUAAUCUACACCCCCCCCCCCUCCUACCAUUUGUAAACAUUAUAAUAUUAUUAUUAAUAACAAUACUGAACCGCCAUUGUUGUACGGAGUAACAUAAUAUAAUCCUAGCGAACGCGUAAUCAGAUACAAUUUUCAAGCAUAUUAUUAUCACUGUGUUCACACCAGCUGCAAACGCACAUGUUCCGCGAAAAAUACAACGCACAACGCGCGGUGACUUAAUAGUUAUAAAUUGGUCUGUGUUCGCGCGCUUGCGUGUAAUUUUAAUAAUACGUUUUUUAGAAGGUGCCCGUGCUCGAGUUUAACUGUCUGCAUAUUGUGUACUCGUCUAACAUUUACUCGAACAACUUUACCCGCGGUAUACGUUUUCAUACUCGCCUGUAAUAAAUAAUAAUAUACUACAAUGUAUUAUAUUAUCGUUUUUCGUGUCGGAAACCCUAACGUUAUUUUUUUUCCGUGUUACAGAUCCGUCGCCUUUUUUAAAUUACAACAAACACUUACUUUAUGGAAUUUACAAAUAUGAAAUUAUAGGGAAAUAAACGGAAAUAAUGGCCCACUGUUGUAGGUGAGAAGUUGGGAAGGUAGCGGGGAAAUUUAAUAAUGUAGUUCUCUGCACGACGAUUUACCAUCGCGCACGAAAAACGAUUCUGAACGGAGUUCGGUUAAUAGUGAUACUUUGUCAACAAUAUAAUUUAUGUAAUAUAGCUAUUAUAGUACAAUAAUAACAUAUUCAUUGUACAUUUUUUUUUUUUUUUUUAUAAUAUUUGUUUAAUAUUUUACCUAUUUUCCCGUUUAUUCCCGGGUUUUCCUAUUUAUUGUGAAGCUGGGAAAAUCAAAAAUUGAUCUCCCAAAAGUACUGUCCCAGUUAAAUUUCCUUUCAGAAAAAGUGCUAUCAAUAUAAAUCGAAAUAAAAUUCUAGUAGAAAGUUGUUCACAGGUAAAAAAAAAAAUAAAAAUAAAAAUAAACACCAUUGUAAAACCAAUACACUCCUCACUCUGUUCAGUUUGCUCAGAAUCUAAAAUAGUCAAUAAAAAUAACGAGGUACCCCGGCACUGGCAACAAGAAUCUCGGGAUAUAAAUUAUCAUAAUACCGGUGUAAUGUCAUAUUAUAUUAACGAUCCGUAUAAAUCUCUUUGGUCGUGAAUUUUCGAUAAUUAAACGCCGAAAGUUCAUUCAUACGCUAUACUUGCGAAAUUUCAAGUUUAAAGCCUACGUAAUGUAUAAUUAUAAUCACACGAAUUGACCGUGUAAUUUCCGAUCACAUAAUAACGUUCAAUUAUAGACUAAAAUAACAAAAUCUUCUGAUCGGCUCUUUGCUCGCUUAUGAUCAUGCCCCAGAUUGCAAUUCAAAAUACAUAUUUUUUUCUUCUGGGCAAUUAAUAUAUUCCAAUACAUAAUUCAAUUCUUGUAACAGAUACUUCAAAUACUUUAAUACUUAAAUUUCAAGUAACUUUUAUUUUGAAUUUCCGCAAUUUUUUAAUUUUUAUAGUUUUUUACUUUUAAGAUUUUUGAGUAUUGUGUUUUUGAGUGAAAUUUUUUCGCCAAACAUUUUUUUUUUUAAUGGCUUUCCGUUUUUUUUUUAUAUGUAUUUUCAAUAAUUUUCAAUGAAUCCAAAUCUUAUUUAUCACAAAUUUAUAAUUUCGAUAACGUCAUUUCAUUGAAUAUAAUUUAAGGUCUAUGGUCCAAACCUACUAACAAGGAGCAAGGAAUUUGUAAUUUUAAGUGUAAAUUAAAUACCUAUUAGGUGAAAAUCUAUGACAGAUUUAUAGACAAUGUCAAAAAACACAACAAAUAAAUUUGAUCUAUGGUCUCCUGUCCGGAGAGACAUUGAUUGCUCCUCGUCGAUGCAUCGAUUUACCACAAAAACUUAGGCAGCUAAGUUUGGUAACAGAUCAACUAAUCAGAGGAUUCAAAUUUCUUCUGUUACUUGUUUCAAGUACGAAAGGUUAAUACGUUACUCGCAAUGCAACUCUCAAAUGCGAAUUCCUUCUCUUCCUGGCUGAAUAUUAGUGUUAUGAUUGUAGUAAUUGGUCGAAUAGGAACCAACGUACCUUUAUCCCGCUAGAUCAAUACCUAUUGUCUAUUACUUAUCUAUGAUCUCGGAAUAACGAUUAUAAAGUAGUGUGAUACUCAUACAUUUUGUAACCUUAUUAAAUAAAACGAAAACGAGUUCGGGUGACUUUUGAAGACGAAUAAAGACGGUUUUAUCCCGCGCAGAAAAUUUGUUUUGAAAAAAAGUUUUCUUAAAAUUCGAUUUUUUGCGUAUUCAACGACGUUUUUAAAUGCCGUCGUCAUAAAUUACCAGUAAAAAAAAAAAAAAUACGGAUAUUUUGCGCACGAUGGGUGAGAAUUUAUAAAGGUUGGACGUAGAAGGCAAUUUAAUACAUAUUUGUAUGCAACGAUUAAUCUUUGAUAACUUCGAAAUUCCGAUCGGAGCUCGUUUAUACAUGUUUCUAAUAUUUAACGUUUGAAAAUAAUACGUUAUGUAAAUAUCACGUUUUUCCCUAAAUGUUUUCUUAUUUAUUGAGGAAAUCCCUAUGAAAAAUCAAAAAAAGCCCGACUUUAAAGUGAAAUAUUUUAGAAAAAUGUAACAAUAUUUCUGGUAGAAAAGCUGUUUGUAGAAAGAAAAACGAAAAGAAAAUGACGAUCAUUGUAAAACUAAUACAUUAUUCGCUUCACUCAGAAACUAAAAUGAGUUUCGAUCUACACUUCUUGGAAACUUGUACCGAUUCAAUACAAUUUCGGUACCUAUACACGAUUAUGUUGUUUAAUAAUACUCUCGACGUCACGACGUCAAAAACAUUGUUUCUAAUAUAUUUUAUUUCUGUUACGUAUUACAUCCAUGCAACGUGUCUGAAACUAAAUUCAAAGUUUAUCUUUCCGGAAGGGAAACACUCAAAAGUUGUGCAACGCGCAAGACACAGACUAGCGAGAACAUUAUUAUAGUUACACUAAGCGCCAGUGUAUAUAAUAAUGUUAUGAUGCCUCUUAAAGCUCUAUAAAUUUGUAUAGGUGGCGUAUUAUUAAUUACUUAUUUCCAAAUGUCGUUCCGGUACCCUGCGUGCGAUGAACAGAGUAUAUUAUGACUUUUGUUUGAAAUCGGCGCAGACGGUUAAUUGAAUUCGCCGGUCGUUCGGGUGAUGAUACAACGCGAUUAAAAGAAUCGUAAUGGUUUUACUAAUGUGUGUGUGUGUGUGUGUCCACGACCAAUUUUCCGUUGACGAAACUUCUUUCAUACCGUAUCUGAAAAGACACAAAACGGUCGAAAACUUCUUGAAACAAGUAAUUAAAAACGUCAAUUUCUACGUUGAAACUUAGAUUUUGCAUCUUUAUUGACUUCUGGGUUUUCUUUGUGACGAGUUAAUAAGUCAAAAAGAACGGAAUAACUGCUUUUAUAUUUCGAUAAAUUAGUUAGUUAAACGAUUUAGUCCACCACUGGUGCUUAUGAAUUAAGUCUGAAGUAGGAAAGGUGCACAGAUAUUAAAAUGUAAAAAUCCCCCAUCCAAAAAUAAUCUUAAACAGACGUCCAAAAAAAAUAUUCAUAUUUUUAGAUUUCUGACGCAUCGAGGUAUUGGUUUUACCAAUGGUUUAACCAAUUAUUCCAUAAGAAAUGUUAAUCCGAUUUUUAAGUAAAGCAUCUUUUUCUUAAAAAAAAUUACAACUAGUUUUUAUAUUAUCAGAAAGGUAAUUUUAUGAUUAACUUUGUAGCCAUCGGGUAAAAAAACGAAGGAUAAAUGUGAACUAAACUAUUAUACGGUCAGUUCUAGACGUAAUCAAUUUUGGACCCCUUAUACGAUUUGAUAAGUUUAAUUUUCAUUUGGUUUAAUGUAGAUUAAUUCGCUCGGCAAAAAUGCUUGACGAUUUUACGCGUUGAAAAAUUAAUUUGGUUGUUAAAAAUAAUAUUUGGGUGUAAUAUUGUAGUUUUUUCGUAAAAUAAUUUUAUAUUCAAAUUUUAACGAACAUCGUAAAAAUUUCGAAACACGUUUAACCUGAUUUUGAUCAGAUUGGUUUUUCGAUAGACAUGAUUUAUCAUUAUAUAUAUAUAAAUAUAUAAAUUUAAGAACCCAGUGUAUUCCGAAUAUUUAUCUUCACUAAUAGCCCACCCGUCAACAAUAUCGUUUUUUUUUUUUGUUUAUACCUAACGAAUAAUAAAAAUAAGGUUAGGUGAUAUUUAUAAUCCAUAUUGUUCACGUACGACCGAAUAAUUAACACAAUGCUUUUGCCUAGUGUAAUUGAUAGUUGAAAUAUCGAACGCUUUUUAUAAAUGCGUUUGCACUUCCCUUAUUUCAGUAUAAAUAUUAUAGAUAUCUACGGUGGUUUGUGAGGAGGAGCGAUUCGCAUAUUGUUUGCCCCAUAACAACGCUACUGAUAUCCAUUCGGAAUCGAUUUUCGUUGGCCAUGAAUCCGUGAUUCGCCCAGUCAGACUUAUUUUUAAAUUUUUUUUUUUUUUCACAGAUUUUUUGGUGGCUGUGGUUUUGCGUUUUUUAUGUUUCGCAGUCGUCUUCGUUGUCGGCUACCGGUAGCCUGUUACACCGCAGGCCCGUCGACCCGCUGGAGAUAGCGCUCCAGAGCAGAGGGCGCGUGCUCAUGGGGUCCCAACAGCCGCAUCAACAGCAGAGGAGACCGGAUCGACCGCCUCCGGCCGAGGGAAACACCGUCAACAACAACGGACAGAUCGGCAGUCAGUUCGGCGGACCGGCGGCUGGCGACCAGGACUCGUCCGGAACGGUGGGUCUGAACGUCGGGCUAGGGAUCGGACUGGACACGCCGUUCAUUGACACGCUGCUGGAGCGUCUGCUUAGACGCAAGCAGCUCCUAUUGGCCGCUGCCGCGGCGUCCGGCUAUGCGGGCUUGGGCGCGGGCUUCGCGGGCUACGGAGGAGCCGGUUAUUACCCGGGCCCGGCCCUGUACCCGUACGCCGGCGCCGGCAUAGGCGGCCCCUGGAACAGACCCGGAGCCUAUCCUUAUUCCCCGUACGUGCCGCCGAUCAGUCCGUACGGCGGCGGCGGUUGGAACCCGUACGGCAGUGGCUACAACCCCAUGUACGAUUACGACAACGAUUUCACGUGGAAAAACAACAACAACAACAACGCCAACAGUCGGUAACCGUCGGCAGUUUCGACGUUGACAUUUCGUUUUCACGUAGUGCACGAGCCACGUGAAACGUUGCCAAACGUCCGUGGGUCCGGGAUUUAAUGCGCUCGAACCUAAAACCGUUAAAAGAAUAGGUCCAUUUAAUAAUAUCCUCAUAAAAAAAAAAACAGCGGGGGGGGGGAAAUUUAAAUAAUAGCGAACAAAACGACAAGUAUAGAUAGCAAAAAAAAAAAAAUUAACCGAUACGAGUUCGACAUUAGGCAAGUAUUUUACAACACCGGGCCACUAAGGCGAACGGAUCCGAAUUUUAAAGGAACGUAUUCGAAUUGGCUACCGAGCUUAUACCCGAAAUUCCGAUUAGGUUCCCGAUUGUAAAAGGUAUUUUACGAGGGUCAGCCGAAUUCGUACCCGUUUUAAUACUUCCAUUUAUACUGUAAACACAAUCAAUGCGGGUACAAAGUAGUACCUUUUUAAACUUUUAUUUAACUUUUAUCAUACCACGGCGGGUAUUUUACCAUUAUCAAGGUAAUAAUAAUAAUAUUACGAUCGACGUACAGCCAAAAUACCGUAAUUGAUUAAGAUAAAGUCAAUCCAUCCUGAUAUACGCAUCUGUAUGGCUAUAUUGGAUGUACCGUUUGUGAAAUACAGAUGUUUUUCUUGCGUAAAAUCUAAUUGAUUCCGAGUUGACAUUCCUAAGUCUGUAGGAACGGAAAGAAAAAACGUGCGUGUUUGGCUAUCUUACUGCGAACAGCGGGAACUAAUUCACCCGGUAGCGGAUACAUCAGAAAUUUAAUCAGAAACCGAUCGGUUUGCCUUCAUAAAAUACCUUUACACAAAAGGCAACCAAUUCGGGAUACACUCUUUUUAAUUACCUAUUUUUUUUUUUUUUUUUUUUAAUUUUAAUUUGACAGUAUCUGCGCGACAAAAAAAACCCGCCGUUUUUAAAUUGCAUAACAUUCGAAAUCGCUUCGAUAUCCCCCGAACCUUAGACGUACGUGCCUUAAAAUUAUAAUAUAAAAAUUACAGUGUACUAUAGUUAUUAAUGAACAUUAUAAAUAUAUUUUAUGAUUUUUUAAUA